UAAAAAACCCUCGUCCUCACUACUCAGCCUCUUCAGCGGACUGAUCAUGCCGCGGAUCGUCCGUAUCCAAGGAGUUGUAUCCAAGGAAUUGUCACGGUGGAUGAGGAUUUUAAUCAGUCGCUCAUCGGUGUGGAAGGACCGAUCACGUUGAGUACGGGGAGGAGAGGAGGAUUUCUUCUCGAUCGCACGUCGAUUCCGCAGGACCGAGCAUGGCUUUGCUGAAUCAACAGUUCAAGCUCCUCAUCCUCGGCGACGGAGGCACUGGCAAGACGACUUUCGUGAAGAGGCAUCUGACUGGGGAGUUUGAGAAGAAAUAUGAGCCGACCAUUGGGGUUGAGGUUCAUCCGUUGGAUUUCUUCACCAACUGUGGCAAAAUUAGAUUUUACUGCUGGGAUACUGCCGGCCAGGAGAAGUUUGGUGGACUGAGAGAUGGCUACUACAUUCAUGGUCAAUGUGCCAUCAUCAUGUUUGACGUCACUGCCAGGUUGACCUAUAAGAACGUCCCCACAUGGCAUCGCGAUCUCUGCAGGGUCUGUGAGAACAUACCCAUUGUUCUAUGUGGAAACAAGGUGGAUGUGAAAAACAGGCAAGUUAAGGCGAAGCAGGUUACGUUCCACAGGAAGAAGAAUCUUCAAUACUAUGAGAUUUCUGCCAAAAGCAAUUACAAUUUUGAGAAGCCCUUUCUCUAUCUCGCCAGAAAACUUGCUGGGGACCCUAACCUUCACUUUGUGGAGUCUCCUGCUCUUGCUCCUCCGGAAGUACAUAUUGACUUGGCUGCCCAGCAACAGCAUGAGGCGGAGCUUGCUCAAGCUGCUAGUCAGCCUCUUCCCGACGACGACGACGAUGCAUUCGAAUGAACGCAGCCUCUUGAAGCUCAUGUUGUCCACCCGUUUUGGUGCAUUGCCAUUUAUUGAAAAAAUGUGAUUUGGUGACAUGCAGAAUGAUGUGCGUGAACUGAGUACUGAGGAUUUGUAAUAGCUUCUUAGCAGCUCCUUUUCUUUAGAGUUGCUGCACUUGUGUGCUUUUUUUCUUGCUAGAGAUGAUUUAAUAUUUUACAUGUUUGAGCUUCAAUGCGACUGUUCCGGAGUCACUUUGAGUUGAAGUAUAUGAUGCUGCGUCCCAUCUGGAUGUUCUAUAUGGAUGUUCUAUGUUCAACCA